AUGUCUUCUUUGUGGUCCUCGGGUGUUGCCGUCCAUGCUUACCGCCUGCCCCUCCCCAACGCUGCCAUCAUCAAAGCGAUCAUCAACGGGUCUUUCGAGGCUCCUAUUGCCAUGACUGCCGCACAGGAUCCUACUCCAAAGACUGGACCUGUCUCCAAGGCUGAUGCCGAGGAAAACAUCAACGCCUCUGACGUCGACGAUGACAUGAGCAUUGACGACAUCGACGAGCUUGAUGACAAGCCCACUUCCGCCUCCCCCAAAAUUGCUCGAGCCGGCUACUUCCCUUUCCCUGUCCGCGAUGGUCAGGCUUCUCCCAUUGACGCCGGCGUCGCUCCGACCGACAAGUCUUGUCGCAUUCGCAAGGUCUCCACCGACACAACUACUUCGAACAACUCCAAGUUCUCUGUCAACAGCAACUCGAGCAAUGACACUGCCAACACCGAAGACACGGAGUACUCCCAAUCAUCCAUCGCCAACACCAAGAACAAGCGCAGUCAAAUCAAGACCCCCGAACAAUGCGACGAAAGCGGAUCUUCCCGCGACAGCAGCUCUCCAGUUCAGGAUCAAAGCCCCACUGCCUACCGAUGCUUCCCCACAUUCCGGCUCAUCAGGGGCAUUUUCCCGACUGCGCCUUCCUCGUCCGGCUCGCGCUCCCCCUCACCCACUCCAUCUGAUCCCGCCAGCGUCAUCCACACCAGCAACGACGACAACGCCAGCGACGACGACGACAAUGAGUCAAUCAAAGAGCAAGACUCCCUCGACGACCUCGACAUCGUCCACACCAUCGACCGUCCGGAGUACGGCCUCCAAUACGAGCCUGAGGUGAUGGAUGCAACUCGGCUUGAGAGCAGCGACGAUGACAAUGAAAGAGAGCCAAAGGUCAAGGCAGUCGCGACUUCCCGCGGUUUAGAGAUGGUCACCUACUACUCUGACGACGAGUCCGACACCGAGGAGGAACCCCGCCACCCACUUGCUGAGUACAUGGAGUGGAAGGAGGAAAAAGACAUGGGUGAGAACUGGGAGAUUUUGGCGUGGUAUGAGCAUCCUGAUGGAAACAAGAACUACGUUCUUGGCAGUGAUGAGCGCUGGUACUGGGAGUACGAGGGGGCGUUCAUGCUGAUGCUUGAUGAGGAGCUUGAGGACUUCAAUUCCUGGCGUAGCAGUGAUCCGGCUGCGGUGUUGUAUUUGAGCGGGGAGUUGGAGGAGGAGGAGAAGGGCUGCAAGAGUGUUUGUGGGCUUGAUACCAUUUUGGAGGAGGAUGAAGAGAUUGAAGAGGAGGUUUGCGAAGUCAAGGAAGUUGAGGAUCGGAAUGGUUCGGCGACGGUCUGGGGUCUUGAUGUCAUCAAGGAGGAGGACGAAGAGCAGGCUUGCGAGGAGAUGAGCGAAGUGGAGGAGGUGAAGGAUCAGCAAGAUCAGGAGAGAGUGUGGGGACUGGAGAUUGUUGAGGAGGUUGAUGAGGAUGAGGAAGACUUUAAAGUAUUCCUAUGA